AUGAAGUGUGUAUUUUUGUUGUUCUUGGCCAUGUCAGUGGCCGGCCAAUUCGUUAGUGAUUUUUACAAACGUUUUGCCAAGGAUAAUUUAGACAAAAACAUUUGUAUUUCGCCUUUCUCCGUCGAAAUCCUUAUGCAUAUGGUCUACAUGGGAGCCGGGGGAAAGACAGCCCAAGAACUGAGAAAAAUACUGAAGCCGCCACCCAACGAAUCGCAAGUGGCCCCAAGAUUCAAGGACAUUUUGACCAAUCUCGAAGUAAAUGAGAACGAGGUCAUUCUGGCCAAUCGCAUAUACGUCAACGAUGAAUACCAGUUAGUUUCGGGCUAUAAUGAGCUGGUUAAGGAUUCCUUUAAGGCUGAGGCCCAGACUAUCAACCUAAAAAAUUCCGACAAUGCAGCUUCCGUUGUCAAUAAGUGGGCAAUUGAAGUGUCCAGCGGCAGGAUAAGAAAUAUAGUUUCACCCAAUGAUAUGAAACCGGACUUAAAAGUGGCGCUCUUAAGUGCCAUUUAUUUUAAGCCCGAGUGGCUGUACAAGUUCAACCCAAAGGAUACCUAUAUUGCCGAUUUCCAUGUUACUGCCCAGAAACGCAUUCCUGUCGAAAUGAUGAGAAUGAGUGGCAAUUUCGGGGUGAAAAUUACUUUUCGCUUAAAUGCCCAAUAUAUAUAUCUGCCUUUGCGGAACUCAAACCUAACCAUGGUGAUCUUUUUGCCCCUUGAAGUCGAUGGCCUGGAAAAGGUGGAGAAGAGGAUCUCAACCUAUUUCUUCCGAACAAUACACAAGGAAUAUGUGGACUUAAGGCUGCCCAAGUUUAAAAUCGAAUUUUCCGCAGAUGUGAAGAACAUUCUUGGGAAGAUGGGCAUACGAGAUGCAUUUGAGAGCUCUGCGGACUUAAGUGGUCUAGUAAAACCGUCAAAGGCCCCGAUCAACAAAGUCUUUCAAAAGGCCUCUUUUGAGGUUGAUGAGGAGGGCGACGACGAAGACACUCCUCCAAUUGAGGAAUACAACAAAUGUGCAGGUUGCGGGCAAUGGGAGUUCAUCGCAGAGCACCCGUUUGCCUACCUCAUUCGGGAUCAGCAUACUACUUACAUUCAAGGACAUGUCGUUAACCCGGGAACGUGAAAUAUAAUAUAAUUGAUAACCAAAAAAAUC